CGUUGACGGUGGUUAGGAUAUUCGUCCGAGUGAUGGAGUUCGUUUGAAGUCAAACAGUCUCGCUAGUGUGUAAAUGCGUAUUUGUUAUUAGAUCGAAUUUAGCGGGUCGUGUAGUAGUAAAAGUUUGCUCCUAUAAUGUGAUUGAACCUCGUAAAUGCCAAGCAACAUGGAUGGAAUUCGAACACGGCAAGAGGAACGCGCACAUUUGCGAAAACUGAUUGCCGAAUGGAACGCAUGCCGCUUAGACAUCUUUGCAAUCAGCGAACCCGAUGAGGAAUUAGUGUACCGCGGAGUGAUGCGGUUUUAUUUUCAAGAUGCAGGAGCAAAAAUGUCCACGAAAUGUGUCCGCGUUACCAGCACGGAAACAGCCGACGAUGUUACGAGAACUCUAGUGGAAAAGUUUCGCCCGGAUAUGAAGAUGCUUUCUAAUCCAAAUUACUCUCUCUUCGAGGUUCAUCCAAGCGGAGAAUCCAGGAAGCUUUUGAAAGAGGACAGGCCUUUGUUCGUGCAACUGUUAUGGCUGCAAGGUGACAGGGAAGGGCGAUUUCUACUGAAAAGUGAUCAGGAAGCCUUAGUAACUACAAAUGUUUUCUCUAGUGAUGGUGACCUUGAAGCUGGUCAAAAUUUCAAGAGGAAGUUGUCAAAAAGAGAGAAAAAGGAGCUCAAAGAGAAAAGGAAAGAGGAAGCAAAGAAAGCUAAAAUCUUAGGUCAACCUUCAUCUCCUACAAAAACUAAUGAUGAUUCUGCUCUUGCACAAAUUCUUUACGAUGAGUUGCCUGAAACCAGUUUUACGCGGAGCAUUUCAAAUCCAGAAAUAGUCAUGAAAAUGCGCCGUCAGCGAAAACUGGAGCGCAGACUUCAAGAAUUUCAAAGUAAUGACGGAGGGACAGACAGUGGAGGCACACUGAAAAUCUUUGCAGAAACACUCAAGCCUCAGAUUCCUUACAAGACUCUUCUUGUUUCAAUGCGUGAUCCUACAACGCAUGUUGUCAAAGAAGCAUUGGAAAAAUAUGGCAUGGAAAAAGAAAAUCCUGAAGAGUACUGCCUAGUUAUGGUCAACAUACCAGCUGGGGGUGUAACUGGAGGAGAUACAAUUGGAAAAGAAAGAGUUGUUCAUGAUGAAGAUAACCCAUUGGCCAUUGCUGCAACUUGGCCUCAACAGCAAGGCCACGUUGUCUUCCAUUUACGUCGCAGGGCAAACUUGCCUCAGUAUAGAAAACAAAAGAGAAGGUCAAAGUCUCCUUCGAGGGUACCCAUGGAUAGCACAUCAGAUAAAGCAAUAGGUGAAAGAUUGGCAAAUUCAUUUCCAGAACAUUUGUUGCCCUAUCUUUGAGAGUUGUCAUCUGAUGGCCGAGAGCUUGAUUACCAAGCAAACAUUCACAGGUUACCCAUGGAAAUAACCGAAGUGGGUAGUGAAAAGUCCCUGUCAUCUGCAGUUAGCUAUCUGGAGUUGUUUGGAUCUCACAUCCUGCCUCGUCACUGUGUGAUUACAAAUAUGGAUGGGAUUGUGUCAGUUGAGCGAACUAGCAGUGAUGCUGAAAUAUAUGUGGAUGGAAGAAGAGUUUAUGAGUCAACCAAGCUGAACCAUGGUAGUAUAAUAAAGUUUGGCAGACUUCAUACUUUCAAGUUCUGUGACCCAGCAUUUGAAGAGAAAGCCAAGCAGAAUUCACCAGUUCCUGACACUGGCGGUGUUAGUAGUGGGCACAGUGUGACUGAUACAGAUUCUCUGAAGCGGUCAUCCGGAUAUAGCCCUUAUCAACCUGGAGGAAAAAACAGAGAAUAUGAGCAGAACAAUGUGGAAGCAACAAACAAUCAUGAAUCUGGCUUGUUUGAGACAACCUUUGGCGUUGAUGGUGAAGUUGAGACCUACACAAGUGAAAAACUUGGUCAUGGGCGUCAGGACCAGCCACCUGAGGGUCUGCAUUCUUCAGCUGAUGACAUUUCAGAUGAUGGAAUGGGUGACAGGCUUCCUGCAAGAUUAGAGUUUAGAGAGUCGGGAGAAGAUGCUUUCUUUGCAGCAGUAGUCAGUGAGGUGAAUGGUGACAGAGUUCACUUCAAACUGGCACCAACCUACACUCUUUACAUGUGCUGUCGUUAUCGCAUCUCCCCAGCAUAUCGAGAGGAGCUUUCAAAGCUUCAGCGUGGUGACAGGUUGAGUGUCACUGUUCAGAAAAUUGCCAACAUGGUGCGCUCAACAGUUGAGGAAAAUAGUCAGCUGCCAAGUAGCCUGGCGUUUUGGAUGGCAAACUCAUCUGAGCUCCUCCAUUUUCUGAAGCAAGACAUUGAUGUAUCACCCUACUUGAAAGACAGUUACCAAGUAUUAGCACAGUCUGUUCAACUGGCAUUCAGACACCUUGUGCAAUGUGUAGAGCAGGAGUUGCGACAACUGAUGUCAGCAUUCCUUGAUGUCACUGAGGACGCUGACAUGGAAGAUGGUGACGCAGAUUCCAUGAUGGAUAUGAACUCCCCUGAUGACAUUAUGGGUGAACGUAGUUUUCGAUAUGGUCCUUCUGGAAGACCCAUGGGUGGGGACAGCUGGCUUGGUGGCCGCAGACGCCAUGGCAAGCCUACAGUGUCCGACAUCUUGUAUACGCUGACCUCGGCUAUGUCAUUGUUGCGACGCUGCAGAGUAAACGCUGCUCUCACCAUUCAAGUGUUUGCACAGUUAUUCCACUAUAUCAAUAUGUGGAUAUUCAAUAAGAUUGUACUUCAGCCUCAGUUGGGCCUUUGUACCAGAGAGUGGGGUUACAGACUAAGGAGAAGACUGGCAAGAGUGGAAACUUGGGCCCAGAAACAGGGUUUGGAAAUGGCAGCAGAAUGUCAUUUAUGCCGUGUAGCGCAGGCGGCUCAUUUACUACAAGCUCCCAAAAACUCUCACGGUGACAUCAACUCCUUAUCGUCAGCAUGUUAUAAAUUGAACUCAAUACAACUACGUGCCUUGCUUGAAAAUUACCGACCUGCUGCGGACGAACUUAAUAUCCCAAGGGAUUUGAUCGACAGCGUUGUGGCCGUUGCCGAGAACACGGCAGAUGAGCUCAUUCGUAACCAGGGCCAACCCGUGACGCUUGAAGAGGACCCUCAACUUCAGCUCCCUUUCUUGCUCCCUGAGGAUAGGUACUCGUGCGAAGUGAUCCGUGGUGUUCCCCCGGGUUUGAAGGAAUUUUUGAGCCCUCUUGCAGAAAUCGGCUUAUGUAGGUUGACUAUACAGCCAUCCUCUCCGGGCUUAUGGACUGUUUAUCAAGCCAAGCGCAAGGACUCUGGUGGUGAAGUGUCGUCGAAAACUGCUCAGUCCCAGACUCCUGAAAUUAUGGACGUCUCCUUCUAUAAAGGACAGGGAGGCAUGGGUCUUAGCAUUGUGGCCGCUAAGGGUGUUGGACAAGACAAACUUGGCAUUUACAUUAAACAAGUUGUGAAAGACGGUCCUGCUGCUAAGGAUGGACGUCUAAGAGCAGGAGAUCAGCUUCUAGCCGUGAAUGGCGAAAGUCUGGUGGGCGUUCCACAGGAGAGGGCCGCCGAGCUAAUGGUCAAAUCUGGAUCUGAAGUUACUUUGCGCAUAUCCAAGCAGGGCGCCAUUUAUCACGGCCUUGCCACUUUAUUGAGUCAGCCAUCACCAAUGGUUACCAAAGAGCCACAGCAGAAGCUUGUAGCAGUAGACAACGAAGAAAUGCUGAAAGCAUCACCAACUGUACCUGAGCAAGAGAUGCAGCGGUCUCCUGGGCGGUGGUUACAAAAAGACCGUAAUCAGUCCUACAGACAGGGUGAUGAGGAUAGAGGCCGCCGGUAUCAAGACCAGUGGCAAGUGGAUGAAGACAGGAGAAGGAGGGAUGGAGAGGACGGGCGACGGCGUUACUCUGAGGGUCAGCGGCGCAUGGAGGAGGAGGAACGUAUGCGAGCGGCGGAAAGGGAAAGGCGGUAUAGAGAAGACGAAGAACGUCGACUGGAAGAGGAACGCAUACAGGUUGAGGAGCAAAAACGACUUGAAGAAGAGAGGAGACUACAGGAGGAGAGGCGUCUUGAGGAACAACGAAGGCGCGCCGAAGAACAACGGAGAUUAGAGGAGGAACGGAGACGCGCCGAAGAACAGCGGAGACUUGAAGAAGAACGGAGACGCGCCGAAGAACAACGAAGACUUGGAGAAGAACGGAGACGUGCCGAAGAACACAGGCUAGAAGAAGAGCGACGUCGCGAAGAGGAACGAAGACUUGAAGAACAACGUUUGUAUGCAGAGGAACAAAAGAGAAUCGAAGAGGCACGGUUACGAGAGGAAAGGCGAAUAGCCGAGGAGCAACGAAGAUUGGACGAGGAGCGCCGACGAGAGGAAGAACGAAGAAUAGAGGAACAACGGCGUUUUGGCGAAGAAAGGCGUCGGCAAGAUGUGGAAAGGAAACGAGCAGAAGACGCUCUGAAAAUGAUCGGCGAACAUCAGCGUCGGCAAAAAAGGCCAACGGAUGGAUCACGCGCGUCGCCUCAAACUGUUCAAGUUGAACCCGUCCGAUCUCCUUACAGGGUCCGCUUUGAAUCUGAAGAUGUUGAGAGAGAAAGACAGCGGUCGCCACUCACUGUGACAGUAGAAGAACCCGAGAUAACGGCCCGCGAGAACAGAAAUCGCAUUUAUAGUUCACCCACAUCCCCUGGAGCAACAUCACCUGGAAGGGGGUCCCCUAGGGAGGAAAAAUCUCCGGAUGAACCUCCGUCAAGUCCAAUCCGAAUCGACAGCCGCAAUUCACGGUACGGUCGGUACAUCAUGAUCAAACAGGGAGCACAAGGUGCAACUGAGCAAGCAGACAGAAGUAACUUGAAGCCGAACGAGAGAGACGAGUUAAAUCGUUGGCAACGGGAGGACUCAAGAGCUACUGAAGAAAGGGAAGGCACGUUGGAGCGCCGCGAGCGGGAAGAGCGAGCUUGGAGACAUCAUUUGGAAAGACAGAGGAAAGAGAAAGAAGAAAAAGAGCGUUUAGAACGCGAACGACAAGAAAGAGAGCAGCAAGAACGAGAGCGUCGUGAAAGAGACAGGGAAGCUCUUGAGAGUAUCGAACGUGCGCGUGCGGAACGUGAACGACAACAAAAAUACGAUCGUGAACGAGAGGAACGUCAGCGCGUUGAAGAAGAGCGUAUUAUGAACCAAAUGCAAAGAGAAGAAUUGAACGAGCAGCGUGAAAGAGAGAACCACUUGAAAAAACUUGAAGAGGAACAGAAACAGCUAAGAGAAAUGGAGCAGUCCAGGCUUUCGAAGCUCUCGAGAGAUAAGGGCAGUAAAGAGUUUCUGGACACCAUCGAGGGACUAUCGGCAGACGAGGUCGAACGAGAAUUUCAAAAACGUCUUGAAGCGAUGAGGAAUCGUCGGGAAUCUGGCGAAGAUGAAGAGGUGGUACAGGAGCGUGCUGCAGGCGGACUUGUUGCGGUAACACGUGUCAAAUACCACGCACCGGACAAGGAGGAGAGAAUGGAGCGAGGAAAAAAGAUUGACUUGCUACUCCAAGAAAACAUCCGGCGCGAAAAAGAAAAGAAAGAAGCUGAAAAGAGACGACAGCAAAAAGAGGAAGAAGAGGAGAAACUUCGAAGAGAACGACAGCAGCGCAGAGUUCAGCAGUUUGAAUUAGAUCGCGAACAGCAGAAGGAGGCCCAGCGGAAAAUUCAAGAACACCGUGAACGAGAGCAAGAAGAAUGGCUGAGACAGCAACGAGAAAAGAGAGAACAGCAGAGAAUGGAACAGGAAAAGCAAAGGCUGGAGAAGAAGGGGCAGGAGGAAGAAGAACUGAAUAGAAAGAAACUUGAAAUACAGCAGCGACGUGAUCAGGAGGAACGGCUGCGGUGGCAGCAGAGCCAGCAGUUAAAGGAGGAAGAGGAUAGGCUGCGACAGGAGGAGGAGCGAGAGGCGGAGGCUAGGCGUGAGUUCGAACGCCAAAAGCAACAGGAGGAACAAAGGAUCGUCAGAGAAAAGGAAGCACAAUUACGAAAGCAGCAGCUUGAAGAUCAGAUGCUUCAGGAAGUAAAAGUGAGAAAGCCGUCCGUUGAGGAGCACGUCAAUGAAUUGAAGAAUCGUGCAACAGCUGAUUACGAAAGGAGGCGGAAGCUCAUUGACGAAGAGAUUAAUCGACGGCGUUCUGAACCACCAUCGGCACUUCGCAAUGCGGGAUCAAAUCGCCCCAAGAAGCAGGUAUCCUUUUCAAAUGUAGCGACAGAGAUUCGCGAACCCGCAUCUCCAACUUAUGUCGUUGGGUCAGCAUCAGGUUACACAGCACGGGUUACUCCUGCCCCCAGUGUCCGGUACGUGAACACUCGUGCCCCAAGUGACUCUGAACCAGAUUCUGCCAGGCCACCUCUCCCUGAUGAUGACGAUGACCUACCGCCUCCUCCGCCACCGCCUCCUCCCCCUGACGAGAUGCUAGAAGACGACAAUUUCCCACCACCACCUCCACCAAAAUCGCCUCACAGCUCUGAACGAUUUGCUGCUCUCAGUGGUGAUCGACCGUCGCGAAAUGGUGGAUUCACGUCCAGGGUGACAGUCUCUGCCCCCGGGACCCGGGAUCAAGCUAUGUAUCCCCAACCUUACUCCAACACGGGAGUACCUCUCCGUCAGCCCCCAGUUACCUCAUCUUCCCCAUACCCAAGUUAUGCCACAUAUCCUAGGCGACCUCGACCUGUGUCCUAUCCAGCCGCCUUUGAGAUGAAUCAACCAGGUCCUCCUCCGGCCCCUACCAGGUAUGGUUCGCAGGACAAUGUCUUAGACGGACCUCCCUCUCGAUCCCAGUCUCAGUACGCGCCAAAGCCCGCCCGGUUGGAUAGCGAUGAGUUGAAUGGGAUGGAGAUGACCCGCGGUCGCCUGGGUCGGAUGUCCUUAACAGACGAAGAGAAAUCCGAGGGCCAGUUUGUUUCCAAGAAACCAGAAAGGCUGGACUUCAAGGACAAGCUUAAAAUGUUCAAUAAAGACACACCAGAAGAAAAAAUCAGGACAUCGAGAUGGGAGCAGGGACAACUAGCGCAAAUGAAUGGGGAUUUAACAUCCCCUUGACAGAAUUGUAUCCAACCACGAGUUUCAAAGUAAGCAAUGAUCGCACUGUGAUCUCUCUCUCUCUGAAAAGUUUUAAACAAAAUAUUCGCGAUAGGGUAACUGGCAGAAUUUCCGUAUUAUUAUUUUACCAAUCUCUGAAAGAAACAUUAACAGUCCCAAAGUAAAUGGCCCAUGCAGUGUGUCGCAAGAGGCGUGUACUUCUUGGUGUCUAGAUAGGAGAAAAAUUUUGCAGUCUCGGUCUGUGAGGUUCUCGAUUUGUUUUUUUCCAUCAUCAUCAUCACUGACUUAUCUAGGGCAGAAUAUAUUAAAGUCUUGGGAGAACAGUUGAAAACAUUUGGUGGCAAGUUUGACGCAGUUGAUAGAACUAUCACAUUUGAUUUUUUUUUAGACUACUUAUACGUGAGAAGAAAUGUUAAUGUUUUCUUAUUUUUCGUUACCUAUUUUAAGUUAUGAAUACACACAGAUAUAACUAUCUAAUUAUUGUUUGUUCGAAAGUUCCUAAAUGAGGUGUCAUUUUCUUAAUAAUACUGUCAUAUCAAAAGCGAAAUCUUUAGGGGCUUGAACAAUCUUAAAGAAGCUAUUUGGUUUUACUUUUCUGCAAGUUCUAACGGAAUUUACUAUGAACUUUUAGAUUCAUUCGCAUUGCUUUAGAGAAAAGCUCUUCCGUGAUGGUUUAGGUAGAGUCGAUGUGUUUCCGAAAGUAUGCCUAUCGAUUACGAUGGAACGAUAUGUUACCGAGUGGUUACGAAGAUGGCACGUCGAAAGUUUUAGCAUAGUUUUACUGUUCUAAGCAAAUGAGAGCCAAAUAGCAUUUAAUUUUUAUUAAGUGUGUAAAUAAAUUCAAGCUCUGAGCAUUAGUUAAAUGACUGUAUAUAAUAUACGUUUUGAAAGGUAUAGAAUUUUCUCAAAGGAUGGGAACUGAAUAUCAUACACACUGUCAUUAGUUUAUAAGGAAAAGUUUUGCGAUCUUUAAUAAAAAUAAAUUUUAGACUGAGAAUGAAAUAAAUCUGUGACUUGAA